CAGUGAAGGGGUGGGUAGGUGCACGCGCGCCAGAUCCCUUAAUCUGUCUUUCAUUAGUUGGUCUUACCAAACAAUUGCAAUUUGUCUUUCCAAUUUUUCUGCUCUUCUCCAAAAGGGUAUCACUUGGACAUGGAGUUUUUGCUGUCUUUAGAAGUUCAGCUCUUUGUGGGCGGUGUUGUGGCUCUUGUCGCCAUACUUGUUGGUGCUGUCUUCUUAUUUUCCUUCAAGAAGCCUAAAGGGUGCUUGGAUCCUGAGAAUUUCAAGGAAUUUAAGCUUGUUAAACGCACACAGCUGAGCCAUAAUGUGGCAAAAUUCACAUUUGCACUUUCUACUCCCACUUCAGUUUUGGGUCUUCCAAUUGGACAGCAUAUUAGCUGCAGGGGUGAAGAUAGUCAAGGUGAAGAGGUCAUUAAACCAUAUACCCCAACCACCUUGGAUUCUGAUGUUGGCCGUUUUGAAUUGGUUAUUAAGAUGUACCCACAAGGUAGGAUGUCACACCAUUUUCGUGAGAUGCGUGUUGGCGAUUAUCUUGCUGUGAAGGGACCCAAGGGUCGAUUCAGGUAUCAACCUGGCCAAGUUAGAGCAUUUGGGAUGAUAGCAGGAGGCUCUGGCAUCACUCCAAUGUUCCAAGUUGCUAGAGCAAUCCUAGAGAACCCCAAAGACAAAACAAAGGUGCAUCUCAUUUAUGCAAACGUUACAUAUGAGGACAUUCUUUUGAAGGAAGAGUUGGAUGGACUUGCUUCAGAGUACCCUGGUCGAUUCAAAGUAUAUUAUGUGUUGAAUCAGCCUCCUGAAUCAUGGGAUGGUGGUGUUGGCUUUGUUUCGAUGGAAAUGAUUCAAAUCCAUUGCCCUGCUCCAGCAGCUGAUAUUCAGAUUCUGAGGUGCGGUCCUCCACCCAUGAACAAAGCCAUGGCUGGCCACCUUGAAGCUCUUGGCUACGCACCAGAGAUGCAGUUCCAGUUCUAAUCCUUUUCGCAACAUCUUUAGCCCUUCAGCGGGAUUAAUAUUAAACACCCGGACAUCGAACAAGAAAACACCCUUUUCUUCUCCACAAUAUCUUAUUUCCUACUGCCCAAAGUAUCUGAAACAUGAAGCUAUUAUCUGAACUUAACCUUGCUUGAAAUGUGAAAAGAUUUUUGCUGGA